AUGGGGUGGAAUACACACGCUUCGGGGACCAAUGACCCUCCCGAGGUCCGCAACUGGAAGAUCCAUCUCAUCGCCCUGGUGGCUUCCAUGUCGGCUCUGGCCAUGGGCUACGACACCGCCGUCAUCGGCGGCACCAUGGCGCUCAACUCGUUCCGCGACGACUUUAGGCUCAACGAACGCCCCCAGAACCAGGUCGACACGAUCCAGGGCAACAUUGUGUCCACCUUCCAGGCUGGCUGCUUCUUUGGCGCCCUCAUCACCUUCCCCUUUGCCGAGCGCCUGGGCCGUCGCCUCACCAUCUUCUGCGCCUCGCUCGUCUUCCUCCUCGGCGGCACCCUCAUGACCGCCGCGCGCGGCAACAUGAACCUCAUCAUCGCCGGCCGCGCCAUUGCCGGGCUCGGCAUCGGGUCCACCUCCAUGUGCGUCCCCGUCUACAUCUCCGAGACGGCGCCGCCCUCCAUCCGCGGGCGCCUCGUCGGCAUCUUCGAAAUCGCCUCCCAGGGCGGCGGCAUGCUCGGCUUCUGGAUCAACUACGCCACGUCCCAGACCAUCCCGGACGCCUCCCUCGCCCAGUGGACCAUCCCCCUCGCCCUCCAGCUGCUGCCGGGCGUCCUCCUCGCCAGCGGCAUCUUCUUCUGCCCCGAGUCCCCCCGCUGGCUCGCCCGCAAGGACCGCUUCGACAAGGCCGAGUCCGUCCUCUGCAUGCUCCGCAGCCUGCCCGCCGACCACCACUACAUCCGCCAGGAGCUCGGCGAGAUCCGCGCCCAGGUCGAGCGGCGCUCCGUCAUGCAGCUGAGCCGCAGGCAGCAGUUCAAGAAGCUCUUCGAAAAGGGCACCCGCAACCGCAUGGCCGUCGGCAUGCUGCUCAUGUUCCUCCAGUCCUUUACCGGCGUCAACAUUAUCACCUACUACGCGCCCCGCAUCUUUGAGACCCUCGGCAUCACGGGCACCAGCACCAAGCUCUUCUCCACCGGCCUCUACGGCUGCUUCAAGACCCUGGGCAUGUGCACCUUCACCUUCCUCGUGGUCGAAAAGGUCGGGCGCCGCAACGGUCUCCUCUGGGGCGCGGCCCUUGGCUGCAUCCCCAUGUUCUACCUUGGUGGCUAUGUCAUGCGCGCGGAUCCGGCCGGUGCUGCGGCGGCCGGUGCGACGCAGCGCGAUGCGGGCGGCUACGUCGCCAUGGCGGCCGUCUACCUCAAUGCUUUCAUCAUCUGCGCCACCUGGCAGGGCAUCACCUGGACGUACGCGUCCGAGAUCUUCCCCCUCGACAUCCGCAUGCUCUGCGUGGCCAUCACCACGGCGGACACGUGGCUCGGUUCGUUCAUCGUCGCGCGCUUCACACCGUACAUGAUCACGGGGCUCGGCUACGGGACGUACUUUGUCUUUGCCGGCAUCCUGGUCGGCAUGGGCGUCUGGGCCUUUCUGUUUGUGCCUGAGACGAAGGGCGUCACCCUCGAGGAGAUGGACAUGCUCUUCGCCCAGUCCACCUUCAAGACCGUCAUCGGCCAGCUCAAGGGUCGCAAGAUCCCGACUGGGCAGAAUGUUGCCACCACCGUCGAGAUCAACGACAAGGAGAAGGAUCUCGAGGCCAUCCACGACGAGAGGGAGUAA